AGUUGUUGUUGGAAGUGCGUCACGGGGUUUUAGCCAAAAGCGGCAGUGGUGAGAAAAUUUGAAAUCUCGGGGGCUAGCCGCUAGCAGUUAGCAUACGUGUCGGAUGUGUAAUAACCUGUGAGCUCGGACGCGAUGGCUUCAUUUCAUUAUUUGCUGCAACACAAACAGCCGCGGGUUGAAUCUCCCGCCAAAGUUUUCGCCAAACUUAAAUCUAAAGUUCAGAGAGAAGCGAUGUGCGCGAGGGAGCCGCCGCGUAGCGUCAGAGCGAAACAUGGAGGAGACUUCAGCAGAGAGGAGAACUUCCGCCUGACCGAGGAGCUCAAGGAGAACCCCAAUCUUCACCGCAGGGAAGUUCAAGCUCUGACCCUGUCGCCCAUUUCCACUCCUCAGAAAAACUUUGGCUACUCGUUUUCAAACUGCGGCCGUGUGGAGGAAACCUCUCGCGUGGCCGAGACGGGACACGCCUUCAUGUUCAGAAACGAACACACGCCAUCAAAGAGAGGUUUCCUGGAGUCCACAGCCGUGUCUCACCCCCUGUCUCUGGGUAACAGAGACCCACCUCACACCUCAGAUGGUGUCCCGGUGUCCAGCAGGACUCCGGCAGAGACUCAGCCAGUAGAGGGUGGCUGUGUGAGGGGUGUGUAUGAGAAGGACCCCCGCCGCAGUCUCUGCUCCCCUGCCAAAAUGGAAUCCCCCCUGGAGAAGAGGCUCAGGAAGAGAAAGGGGGAGCAGCAGGAGUUCAGCGAGGUCAGCAGCAGAAAGGAGGCCAGGGCUGAUGUAAGGAGUCAGCUACAGGAAAGGAAAACAUCCACUGCUUUCAUCAGUGAGGACAGCAUCCACAGCAAGAGUCGCAGGGAGGAUGAGGGGGGUGUCAGAGGUUUCCCUGCUGAGAUGAACCAGGCGACUCAUGCCCCCUUGUUCCUACCACCAAGAUCCACCGCUUUAAAACGUGCCUGUGUUAGGAUGGAAAGAUAUCCUCCGAUGUCGCCGGCCAAGCUGUUUGCUCACAUGAAGGAGAGGGAAAACAAACGGGAGCAUCCGAUGGUUCACAAAGUCAGCACCAGCACCAGGGAACUCUUCAGUGAGGGUAAUUAUUUCAAUCAGGCCAGAGACUCACCUCCUCCCACAUCACAUCACAAUAUGGAUGAAACUGAGGACACUGCCUUUACAAGGUUUCCAGAAAGUGCGGUUCCUGACAGCCGCUCCAGAGAUGAGUCAGCUGACAGCCAAUCAGACUCGACAGAAAAUGUCCCGAUCCCUGCUGCUACGCCACAACCGGUUUUGCUUGAAGACCCGCUCGUACUUAAUUCGCCAAAGAUCUCCAUCCCUAAGAAAAACCAGGCUGUGUUCAAGUGCAACAAAUGGCCGCAGCGCACACAAUUCCCAAAUGAGAGUGUCAUUUAUCUUAAGAAAUGGUUCUUGAGAAAUAGUCAAAAGGGCCUAUUUCUUGAUGGAAUCCACAGCCAGGAAAACGUGCCAUGGAACAGUAACAUCAUUGUCGACAGAGUUUCUAAUUCUGUGGUGAAGACCGUCUCUGGUAGGGUUUAUGUUUUGGUUGGCAAGAUGAACUUCAGCGUCAACUCAGGGUUUCCCAAAUGGCUUAUGAAGAAGUUUGUUGAUGGCUUCCCUCCAAACUGGAAAUCGCUUUAUGAGAAGUCUCUGUCCGAAGAAGCGGAGAGAACCAGUGAAGGGAAAUCCAUCAUAGCCAAGACAAGAUGCGAGGCAUCCUCCAAUAGGUCUGCAAAGCGGAACAGACAGAAGAAUUUCAAGACACCUGAAUCCUGUCCUCCUGCCCUCUCCUCUUUUUCUUCCACCAAAACCUCUCGAAGUGGUCGGGUGAUAAAGCCACCUCUGGAGUAUUGGAGAGGAGGGAGAGUCAUUCUGGAUGCACACAUGAAUGUUACCAUUCAUGAAUGUUAUGAUACCUCCAUCUGCGUUCCUGAGGUCACUACAACGGUGUCUGCGAGGAAGUCACAGAAGCCGGCCCGUGUGUUCCUGCCCUGCACUGAAGGCCAUAAAAAACAAAGUGAAACAUCCAGUGAUGAAGAGGCACCGGCACCAGCGAGGAAGGUCAAGGCUCCGCUCCGCAAACGCAACCGAGCCAAGGUCAGCCGUGAUGAGAGGCCCUCUAAUCCAGCUGAACCUUCUGUGGAGACGAUAACAAGUCCUGAGGAGUGGUCUAGCAGAACAACGAGGUCUCAUAGCAGGAGUUCACCCACUGAAAAAACGGUGAAUGUGGACACUGUCCCUCAAAAGCAAAAGAAGCCUGUAAAGGCAACAACACAGAGGACGAAAAAACAGACACGUGAGACCAGCAGGUCGUCAGAGAGGAGGGGUAAACAGACUCUCGCAGCAGCCCCAGAAUCUCCCACUGUUCAUGAUGACACAUCACAGCCACGGUUUCCAGGUGACGACUUUUCUACUAAGCGAAAGAAGGAAGGUAAAGGAGUAUACGGGACGACUGGAAGGAAAGGUCUCAACAAGUCACAGCCAAGCCGAGGGUCUCAGUCGCUGCAGUCAUCAGAGUCUUCUGAGGAGAGCGGGAAAGAACAGAGGAAGAGAGGCGCUGCAACGAAAAACACCAAAACAGCACAAACAAAACUUAAACAGAGCAAAUGCAGCAAAAUCUCACCACCAACAAAGCCGUUGCCCAAGUCGACGCAUUCCAGCAGGAAACACAAGGCGAACAAAGGCAGCACAGUCGUUCCUCCAGCAGAGCAAGAUGAAGACGAGUGGACUGAAGCAGAGCUCAUGAAGCUGCAAGAGGCUGUGUCCUACUAUCCGAAGCACAUGUCCGGUUACUGGGCAAAGGUGGCAAAGAUGGUAGAAACGCGUUCUGCAGAGGAGUGUCACAGUCAGCACACGUCCCAGGGAGCAUCGCAGACGCCCGCCAAGAAAGACAAGAAACCCAGGAAGGAAAAAGUGGAGGCGCCAAAAGAUCCAGUUACAGAUUGUCCUGUAAUAUCUGCUCGAGUGGGAACCUUAAGGAGGAAGCAGCAAGUGCGACAGUUCCUGGAGGCCAUGCCCAGAGAGAAUGUAGAUGACGUUUUCAGCUCCGCGUACAUGCAGAACAAACGCUUUGAGAUGCCCUCUAUGUGUCCGAGUGAGGAACACGAGUUCACAAUGUCGGACUUGGAGCCCCUGUCCCCCAUGUCAAGGGUUUACCCUGAAGUGAAGACCCCUCAGUGUCUGCACAUCACACCUGGCAUGAUGGGCUCUCCAGACAGAGAAAAUGAUGACAAAUACGUUUAUCAGCUUCAGAAGAGGAUGAAGAAAAAUCAGUUCAAUGUCUGCAAACAGGCUCAAACUUCAAAGAACUUCACACCCAAGCCAUCAAUGAAACGAACAAUGAGACGAUGUGGUAACACAGAAAAUGACACCUUUGUCGUUUGGGAAAUGUUCCCAGGAAACGACGUGGCGCCGCCUGAAAGCGGUGAGGAAGAGGACUAUUAUUUCUCAGACAGCAACUGAUCGGAGUCUGAGCUGAUGCAUCAUAUCGUUAAAUUAAAACCAGUGGAUCAGUUGUGAACAGUAAAAAGUUUCAGUUUUGCUCUUCUGUCUUUCACAUGAAACGGGUGGGGGAGGGAUUAAUGUUUCUUAAACUGUAAAUAUGUUGUUUAACGUCUGAGCACCAACAGUCAUGUAAUUAUUCCUUUAAUAAACAUUCUUUAAUUUUUAGCUUAUGGUUUAUUUGUGUAUAUUAAACAGAAGAAAACAUUGUGUAAGUGGUUCACAACCUUUUCAGCUUGUGACCUCUCAAACUAAAAUUGAAUUACUGUUAAAAUUGAAGGACUUUUAAAGACCUGAAGAAUUUGUUGUAUUUAACCAAAACAUCUGAAAUAUGAUUGAAUAAAAAAAUUUGUGCAA